UUUUUUUUUUUUUUUGUAUUCGUGAGCUGCUUCGUCUCCUUCGUUUCUUCAUCUUCGCGCUCUCUGGAAAUUUCUCGCUUCGCAACGUUCUCUUGAUUUCGCUCAAGUUAGAUCUCCCUUUACUUGUAGAACACUGUACCAGUAGCGAUGGCAAAGCAUCACCCAGAUCUGAUCAUGUGCCGGAAACAACCUGGCAUUGCCAUUGGACGACUGUGUGAGAAAUGCGACGGGAAAUGCGUGAUUUGUGAUUCUUAUGUGCGUCCGUGUACUCUGGUACGUAUAUGUGAUGAAUGCAACUACGGUUCAUUCCAAGGCCGGUGUGUUAUUUGCGGUGGGGUUGGGAUAUCAGAUGCUUAUUACUGCAAAGAGUGUACACAACAGGAGAAAGACAGAGAUGGUUGUCCCAAGAUUGUUAACCUUGGGAGUGCGAAAACUGAUUUGUUCUAUGAACGUAAGAAAUAUGGAUUCAAGAAACGAUGAUGACAUGUGUUUCUUUUUUUUUUCGCUAUUUGCACAACCCCUUUGAUUGCUUGAACUAUUUUGGAUCUCUUAUGCUUAUGUGUAAACUUGUUUAUUGACUACCCCCGUUGCAUAAAACAUAUAUUCCAGAUCUAAAGAUCUUGGAUAUGAAAAAACUUAUGCUUAA